CGGCGGCAAGAUGGCUGCGUUGGCGCCCUCACUCAAUAGCGGCAUCCUGGUGGAAUGACGCAAAGCGCACACUUUGCCUCCAGUCUUCCGCGGCUCUAGUUCCCCGCCCGACCCACCGCCGAGCCCGGAAGAAGACGGAGCAAGCUUGGAGUCUGGACCGAGCGGAACCGGCGCCUCUUGCCUCGUGGGAGUGCGAUGAGGAGAGCGUGAGGAGGCCAUGGGCUGCACCUCGGCCAAGCAGGUGUCGGCCGUGCCCAACGACGACGACGGACGAGGGAAGGCCUACGGCAAUGGAGACCUCUUCGCCGAUGAGUACAAGAUGAAGGGAGUGGAGGAGGUCAAGUACAUGAAAGGGGAGGAAAACCGGGUCAACGCACGCAACCAGGAGAACCUGGAGAAAAGUAACACGCAGCAAAGGGGCAUGUUGCAGAAGGAGACGGCGGCCAACAUUAAAUCCAACAUUCACACGUCAGAGAGCCAGCAGGAAUUCUUCCGGAUGCUGGAUGAGAAGAUUGAGAAGGGUCGAGACUACUGCUCAGAGGAGGAAGAAGAGACGGAAGUGACAUAGCACACAAGCCCCGCCCACUUACCCCCCAACAUGAGACCCUCAGAGUGCGCGUGAGCAUGUAUGCGUGAGUGCUUUUGCCACACGCGAGAAACGCAAAUGUAAGUAUUUCAAUCCACCUGACGGAAUGGGGCACUUUUUUUUUUUUUCCCCUCCCCCCGAGUGAACUGAGAGGACCGAGCAAAUGGGGGGCAAACGUGGCAGCCCGCAAUUGCGAAACGACACGGCGAACUUUUUUUUUUUGUGGCUUUUCCUUCCGUUUUCGAGGAUUACAAGCAUCAACACGGAGUGCGUCAUCCUCCCUCGACAUAAUCGCACAUUUUUAAGUUCACCAGCAGAUGUUCGUUUUGUCCAUUUUUUUUGUGUGCCCCAAAUGUUUUUGAGUACACGCACGCACACUAAGGCACUGUAGCAACAAACAAGUGAAGAGGGAGGAUGAAGACGAGGCCCGGUUGCCAUGGAGACGCAGACCCAAUUGCUUUUGUUUUGUUUACCGCAGAUUUCCUUGUUGUAUUAUUUCGAUACGUUUUUUAAUAUUAAAAUCGAAAUGGAAAAGUUGGAGCUGUACUUUGACUUUUGUUUAGAACUUGUCGUUUGGCACCCCAAAAAAUGACCUUCCGGCCCAAAUUGCGUCCUCCCCAAAUGUCUACGGAGCCCUUAAAAGCAAUCUGGUGCGCACUAGAAACAAUCUGGUGCGCAACUAUCUGAUAAACAUUUGCAUGAUAUAGCGUUUAAGCAAGUGAACUUUUGCUGAGCAAGUUAGCCAAUUGUUGUAAACAUUAGCAUUAUAUAGCAUUUAAGCUAGUGUACUUUUGCUAUACAAAUUAGCCAGUUGCUGUAAACAUUAGCAUUAUAUAGCAUUUAAACUAGCGGACUUAUACUAUGCAAGUUAGCCAAUUGUAAAUAUUAGCAUUAUAUAGCAUUUAAGCUAGCGGACCUUUGCAAUGCAAGUUAGCCAUUUCUUGUAAACAUUAGCAUUCUUUAGCAUUUAAGCUAGCCUACUUUUGCUAUACAAGUUAGCCAAUUGCUGUAAACAUUAGCAUUAUAUAGCAUUUAAGCUAGCGGACUUUUGCUAUGCAAGAUAGCCAAUUGUUGUAAACAUUAGCAUUCUGUAGCAUUUCAGCUAGCUGACCUUUUUCUAUGCAAGUUAGCCAAUUGUUGUAAACAUUGGCGUUCUUUAGCAUUUAAGCUAAUGUACUUUUGCUAUACAAGUUAGCCAAUUGCUGUAAACAUUAGCAUUAUGUAGCAUUUAAGCUAGCGGACUUUUGCCACGCAAGUUAGCCAAUUGCGACAAUCAGGGGUUCCCAUGAAUUGCAUUUUGUUUAUAAAAAUUUGUCAUUUGAAAGAUUCGGAGAUUUGUUGAUGCACUGAAAAGCUGGACCAACAAAUCACACCCCUGACAUUUAAAAAAAAAAAAAAAAAAAAAAAACAAGAUUUGCGGUUGCAUUUACGGUCUUUUUUCAAAAAGAAGGAAGAUAGUUCAAAACGAGUCAGAAAAGCACAUAGAAAAGAAAGAAAAAAAGAAAAGUCCCACAGCUUGGCAAGUGGGCAUUUGCGUGUUGUUUUCAGCACCAUUUUCUGCGUAUGUUCUGGGACCUGUGCCAGUCUCGUCAUCCCUGCGCUGUCAUAUGUACUCGCGUUCCGGCACCUUAUGAUUUACAAAUUAAGCACUGGCGACAAUGCAACAAUUAGCUAACUUGCAUAGCAUACGUCCGCUAGCUUAAAUGCUAUGUAAUGCUAAUGUUUACCAGAUGCACUGUUGCACCGUUUCUGGUUCGCACCAGAAUGUUUCUGGUGAGCACCAUAUUGCUUAAUUUUUUUUCUUCUGUCGAUGUCCCUUUUGGGGCUCCGUAAAUGUCCAAUAUUUUAUAUACAUAUAUAUUUGUUCAGCAGAAAGUAACAUCAGUGGACUGUAGCUACAUUGUGAUUUAAGCAGCCCCCAUCCUCCAUGUUGAGUCAUCAUCCCUGUGUGUGUGUUUGAGUGGGGCAAUGAGAGCACACACACAUAUAGACACUGAGUCACAUCUGUAAAUAACCUGGUUUAUAAAACAAGCUCCCGUUUCAGGUCGACGUCAGUGUAAAUAAAAGUAGUGAUUGCGAUGAAUUGUCAUUGAAAUGUGCAGAUUGUUUGGAUUGGUGUACAUAUGACAAAUACAACCCCUAGCAAAAAGUAUGGAAUCACCAGUCUCAGACGAGCACUCACUCAGACAUUUUAUCAUAUAGAACAAACUCAGAUAAAAAGAUUGAAAAAUAAUGAAUUAGUUCAAAAGUGCAACUCUUUAGCAUUCAGAAACACUAAAAGAAAUGAAUAAAAAACAUUGUGGUGGUCAGUAAAUGUUACAUUUAUAGAGCAAGUGCGGGGAAAUAUAUACGGAAUCACUCCAUUCUGGGGAAAAAAUAUGGAACCAUGAGAAACAAACAAAGAAAUAACAAUCAAAACACAUCUCUAGUAUUUAGUAGCACCACCUCUGGUUUUUAUUAGUGUUGCACCGAUACCAUUUUUUGGGCCCGAUACCGAUACCUGGUUGUGCAGUAUCGGCCGAUACCGAUACCACUGUUUGCAAAA